AUGUGGAUCACACUCAUGUACCUUUUAUAUCAGCAGUUGUGUGAUCCUGGUGAAUUUCUUUGCCACGAUCAUGUGACUUGUGUCUCCCAGAGCUGGCUGUGUGAUGGGGACCCUGACUGCCCUGAUGAUUCAGACGAAUCUUUAGAUACCUGUCCCGAAGAAGUAGAUAUCAAGUGCCCCUUGAAUCACAUCGCUUGCCUUGGUGCCAACAAAUGCAUUCAUUUAUCCCGACUAUGCAAUGGUGUCUUGGACUGCUCAGAUGGGUAUGAUGAAGGGCUGCACUGUCAGGAACUAUUACCCAAUUGCCAGGAGUUGAAUUGUCAGUAUAAAUGUGCAGUGGUCAGAAAUAGUACACGAUGUUACUGUGAGGAUGGGUUUGAAGUGAAAGAAGAUGGGAGAAGCUGUAGAGAUCAAGAUGAAUGUGCUAUUUAUGGUGCAUGCAGCCAGACCUGCAUAAAUACAUACGGAUCCUAUGCUUGCAGUUGUGUGGAGGGCUACAUAAUGCAGCCAGACAACAGAUCUUGCAAAGCCAAAAACGAACCGACAGAUAGGCCACCUAUGCUAUUAAUUGCAAAUUCUGAAACAAUUGAGGUUUUCUAUCUUAAUGGCAGUAAAAUGGCAACCCUGAGCUCGGUCAAUGGAAAUGAAAUUCAUACUCUGGAUUUUAUUUACAAUGAAGACAUGAUUUGUUGGAUUGAAUCAAGAGAAUCUUCAAAUCAGCUCAAAUGUAUCCAGAUAACAAAAACAGGAAGAUUAACAGAGGAAUGGACCAUUAAUAUUCUUCAGUCCUUCCACAAUGUGCAACAAAUGGCGAUUGACUGGCUUACCAGAAAUCUCUAUUUUGUGGACCAUGUCAGUGACCGGAUCUUUGUUUGUACUUACAACGGGUCUGUGUGUGUCACCCUGAUUGACCUGGAGCUUCACAAUCCUAAGUCAAUAGCCAUAGAUCCAAUAGCGGGAAAACUUUUCUUUACUGACUACGGGAAUGUGGCCAAAGUGGAGCGAUGUGACAUGGAUGGGCUGAACAGAACAAGGAUAAUUGAUUCAAAGACAGAACAGCCAGCUGCAUUGGCACUAGACUUAGUCAACAAAUUGGUUUACUGGGUAGAUCUUUACUUGGACUAUGUGGAAGUCGUGGACUAUCAAGGAAAAAACAGACAUACUAUCAUUCAAGGCAGACAAGUCAGACAUCUUUAUGGAAUAACUGUGUUUGAAGACUAUUUGUAUGCAACCAAUUCUGAUAACUUCAGUAUCAUAAGGAUAAACCGAUUUAAUGGCACUGAUAUUCAAUCAUUAAUUAAAAUGGAAAAUGCUCGAGGAAUCAGAAUUUAUCAAAAAAGAACUCAACCAACAGUCAGAAGCCAUGCAUGUGAAGUGGAUCCAUAUGGAAUGCCAGGAGGAUGCUCACACAUCUGUCUGCUCAGCAGCAGUUACAAAACACGGACCUGUCGCUGCAGGACGGGCUUCAACUUGGGAAGUGAUGGCAGGUCGUGCAAAAGACCAAAGAAUGAGUUGUUCCUCUUUUAUGGGAAAGGACGCCCAGGAAUUGUUAGAGGAAUGGACUUGAAUACCAAGAUAGCUGAUGAAUACAUGAUCCCCAUAGAGAAUCUGGUAAACCCUCGUGCUUUAGAUUUCCAUGCAGAAACCAAUUAUAUCUACUUUGCUGACACCACCAGUUUCCUGAUUGGCCGGCAGAAGAUAGAUGGCACUGAGCGAGAAACCAUCCUGAAAGAUGAUCUUGAUAAUGUGGAAGGAAUUGCUGUGGACUGGAUCGGAAAUAACCUUUACUGGACAAAUGAUGGCCAUAGGAAGACCAUUAAUGUGGCCAGGCUAGAAAAAGCUUCUCAGAGUCGGAAGACUCUUUUAGAGGGAGAAAUGUCCCAUCCCAGAGGGAUUGUGGUGGAUCCUGUUAAUGGUUGGAUGUAUUGGACAGACUGGGAGGAAGAUGAAAUAGAUGACAGCGUGGGAAGGAUCGAGAAGGCCUGGAUGGAUGGCUUCAAUCGGCAGAUUUUUGUGACUUCAAAGAUGCUGUGGCCAAACGGUUUAACUCUGGACUUUCACACCAACACAUUAUACUGGUGUGACGCCUAUUAUGAUCAUAUUGAAAAAGUGUUUUUGAAUGGAACUCACAGGAAGAUUGUUUACAGUGGGAAAGAGUUGAACCAUCCUUUUGGACUGUCGCAUCAUGGGAAUUAUGUGUUCUGGACUGAUUAUAUGAAUGGUUCCAUUUUUCAAUUAGAUUUGGUAACGAAUGAGGUGACAUUACUGAGACACGAAAGACCACCCCUGUUUGGGCUUCAGAUUUAUGAUCCACGGAAGCAACAAGGUGACAACAUGUGCCGAGUAAAUAACGGCGGCUGUAGUACAUUGUGCUUAGCCAUUCCAGGAGGCCGAGUAUGUGCAUGUGCCGACAAUCAACUUUUAGAUGAAAAUGGGACAACUUGCAUAUUUAAUUCUGGAGAAGUAUUGCCUCACAUAUGCAAAGCUGGAGAGUUCCGCUGUAAAAACAGACACUGUAUCCAAGCUCGCUGGAAAUGUGAUGGUGAUGAUGACUGUCUAGACGGAAGUGAUGAAGAUUCAGUAAAUUGCUUCAAUCAUAGCUGUCCUGAUGAUCAGUUUAAAUGCAAAAAUAAUCGCUGUAUCCCCAAGAGAUGGCUCUGUGAUGGAGCUAAUGACUGUGGAAGCAAUGAAGAUGAAUCCAAUCAAACCUGUGCAGCCAGAACAUGCCAGGUGGACCAAUUUUCUUGUGGAAAUGGGCGCUGCAUUCCCAGAGCCUGGCUGUGUGACAGGGAAGACGACUGUGGUGACCAGACAGAUGAAAUGGCAUCUUGUGAUGAUGACUGUGGGGACGGCAGUGAUGAAGUUGGCUGUGUUCACUCUUGCUUUGAUAAUCAGUUCAGGUGUUCCAAUGGCAGAUGUAUCCCAGGCCAUUGGGCCUGUGAUGGUGACAAUGACUGUGGAGACUUCAGUGAUGAAGCCCAAACCAAUUGUACCAGAGAAGAAUGCAAGCUGCAAGAAGGAAACUGUGACAACGGGUCGCAGCAUAUCCAUGGGCAGCCAUACCCUGUCAUUUGCAUGCGUUACUUUGCAAAAUUUGAUCAUCCAUAG